UCCCACCGCCCUGCACCUUCUCUUCAUGCUGUCGCAGUCAUCGCCACUCGAACUCCUCCUCUCUGUCUUCUGACCCCCUUGAGAGGGGGCCGACCCCCUUACAGAGGGAGGGGGGGGGGAGCCUCUGGGGUCCCUGUGCCUCUCGGCGUGGGGGUUCAGGUGCUAUCGAGACGCGAUGCAGGAUGGACGCACAUCCCUGGCCGCUCUGUUGGAAGAUGAGAUAUUUGUGGAAUUUUUCAACAUAUUUCUCAACCUCCCGGUGUUUGGGCAGAGGGCGUAUUACCUGCCGGGAGAACGCACCUGGUUCUUCCAGCCCAAGCCGCCAUCUCACCUGGAGCUGAGCGCCGCCGGGCUGCAGCGGUGGCUGCAGCGAGAGCGGCUCCCCCUGUUCGUGCGCACGGAGCUGAGCGUGGAGAUGGCGCUGUGCAAGGAGAUGCUGGCGGCUCCGCUCGCGUACACCACCGACCCCACAGAGGCGAAGGCCGAACGCAGUCGCCUCCGCUCGUGCGUGGGCAGUCCGCGGGGCAUGGCUCACCUGCGGGCUCACCUGAAACACACGCAGGGAGGAGAGAUGCUGGAGUUCUGGGCGGCGGUGGAGAGGCUGUGCCGGGCGGAGGAGGCCGAGGGUGUGCGGGGUCCCCGCUACCACGGCCUGCUGAGGACCCUGGCAGCGCGCCAACUCCGGGAGCCGUCGUCCGUGCUGCGGAGCUGCGUGCCGGCGCCCAGCGGCACAGGUAGGGGUGGACUCGCUCGCUCACUCACUCGCUCAUUCACUCACUCACUCGCUCGCGCGCCGGCACUAGCGGGAGAUGUAGCAGCCAGAGGCCAGGCACCAUCGCUCUGGGCUCUAUCCUACUGCGACUCUUAG